AUGUCUUCAACACUCUCCACCUUCAAGACUCGUACUGCUCGCCUCGCCUUGCCCACUGCUGCCCGCCAGUUCAGCACUAGCACUCAGCGCUUCUACCGCCGUCAGCCUGGUGACCCCACAGGCCCCAACGAACCGCCGACCCACAUCAGUGCUCCCAAGAGCAAGUCCCCCCUGAAAGUCUGGCCCAUUAUCGCCAUCUUUGGCAUCGGCACUUUUCUCUUUAAGAAGAUUGUUGACCAGCGCGACGGUCAGUACACACCUGUAGGUCCUAUCGCCGGCCACUCUCCUAGCAGCAAGCCAAACACACCUCGAGCCAACAACCCUAACCUUGGCGCCACAACGCGCACCAGCCCCCUUUGGUCGCCAGACAAUGUCACCGUAAUCUUCGUCUUGGGCGGGCCUGGUGCGGGUAAGGGAACGCAGUGUGUGAAGCUUGUCUCGGACUACGGCUUCAAGCACCUGAGUGCGGGCGACUUGCUUCGCGAGGAGCAGGACCGUCCGGGGAGCGAGUUCGGCGAGAUGAUCAAGACAUACAUCAAGGAGGGUACAAUUGUGCCCAUGGAGGUUACGAUUCAACUGCUGGAGAACGCUAUGAAGACAGCUAUGGAGACCGAGAACAAGAGCAUGUUCCUGAUCGAUGGCUUCCCCCGCAAACUCGACCAAGCCCACGCCUUUGAGCGCUCCGUCGUUCCUUCCAAGUUCACUCUCUUCUUCGAUGCGUCCGAGGAGAUCAUGCUCAAGCGUCUCUUGCAACGCGGUGAGACAUCAGGCCGCGCCGACGACAACAUCGAGUCAAUCAAGAAGCGCUUCAAGGUGUUCGUUGACACCAGCAUGCCAGUCGUCGAUGAGUUUGAGAGCCAGGGACGCGUCGUCAAGAUUGACGCUGUUCAGGAGCCCGAUAAGGUGUACAAGGAUGUGCAGGAGAAGAUCAAGGCUCGGGGCGUCGAGCCAAUCAGCCUGAAGUUCGUACGGACUGCUUAG